GUAGAGAGAAAAAGGAGAGGAACCGAACAGAAGAAGAAAAAGGGGGGCGUUGACCUCUUGAUCCUGCAAACGUCAACCAGCUACUUGCAUCAUCAUGGACACAGACACCGGCCUCAAUCAUACAAACAGCUCCUCACAGCAUCAAGACACAGAGCUGUUCUCGUCUGAAGAGGACAGCAGCCUCUACUUUACCUACAGUGGAGGGUGCAACGAGCUGGAGGUCAACAACCUGCACUAUGAGGUGGACACAGCGGCUCAGAUCCCCUGGUAUGAGAAGUUGUCAGAGUUCAAGUUGCCGUGGGAGAUUAAAGGAAACAAGCAGACAGCCAUCAGCAAGCUCAGCCUCCGAGUCCACAGCGGGCAGAUGCUGGCCGUCAUCGGCAGCUCAGGUUGUGGUAAAACAUCUUUGCUGGACAUAAUAACAUGCCGUGAUGAGGGCGGCACAAUGACGUCCGGUCAGGUUCUGAUCAACGGGAAGCCUAACACGCCUCAGCUGGUGAAGAAGAGCAUCGCUCACGUCCGACAAGAUGACCGGCUCCUUCCUCACCUCACCGUCCGCGAAACUCUCGUCUUUGUUGCCAAACUGAGGCUCCCCACCCACUUCACACAGGCUGAGAGGGACCAGAGGGUGGAUGAUGUCAUCGCAGAGCUGCGGCUGCGACAGUGUGCUCACACCCGGGUGGGAAACGACUAUGUGAGGGGAGUCUCUGGAGGCGAGAGGAGGAGAGUCAGUAUAGCUGUCCAACUUCUCUGGAACCCUGGUAUUUUGAUCCUGGAUGAACCCACGUCAGGUCUGGACAGCUUCACAGCCCACAACCUGGUGAUCACACUGUCCCGCCUGGCCCGUGGAAACCGCCUGGUGCUGCUGUCGGUCCAUCAGCCCCGCUCUGAUAUCUUCCAGCUCUUCGACCUCGUCGUCCUGCUGUCGUCAGGUUCAGCCGUUUACUGUGGGGCUGCUUGUGACAUGGUGCCUUACUUCACGGCUCUGGGAUACCCCUGCCCGAGAUACUGCAACCCCUCCGACUUCUAUGUUGAUCUGAUCAGUAUAGACCGACGCAGUCCGGAGCAAGAGGCCAAGUGUUUGGAGCGCUCUGGAGUUCUGGCUGAGCAGUUCUUAGAAAAGGUCUGAGACACCGACGAUCACAUGUGGAAACCAGCUGGGACCAACACAGCACCAACAACACAACCUGAAAGCUCUCAGCAGAUCAGCAAAGUAAAAGGAGAAGAAGUAAUCACCAUUUCCAAGGAAAGAAACAGACUGCCUGGAAGACUGCACCAAUUUACGAUCCUCAUCAGGCGUCACAUGUAUAAUGACUACAGGGACCUGGUCACCUUAUUGGUUCACGGCUUCGAGGCCCUCCUCAUGUCACUGCUGGUCGGUUGUCUCUACUAUGGGGCAGGAGAAGAGCGUCUGUCCAUUCAGGACACAGUGGCCCUCCUGUACAUGAUCGGUGCCCUCACGCCAUUUGCUGUGGUGCUGGACGUCAUAGCUAAAUGUCACACAGAGAGAGCCAUGCUUUACCACGAGCUGGAGGACGGCAUGUACUCUGUCACUUCAUACUUCUUUGCCAAGGUCCUGGGGGAGUUACCUGAGCACUGCGUGUUCACCUUGGUGUACGGCUUGCCCAUCUAUUGGCUGGCCGGCCUUAACGAAGCUCCGGAUCGUUUCCUGCUCAACUUCCUGCUGGUGUGGCUGAUGGUCUACUGCAGCCGAGCCAUGGCUCUGUUUGUAGCCGCGGCACUUCCCACCCUGCAGACCUCAGCAUUCAUGGGCAACUCGUUUUUCACUGUCUUCUAUUUGACCGGAGGUUUUGUCAUUAGCCUGGAGAAUAUGUGGCUCGUGGCCUCGUGGCUCUCUCAUGCCUCCUUCAUGCGGUGGGGUUUUGAGGGCAUGCUGCAGGUGCAGUUCAGAGGCAACAAGUACCCCGUCACCAUCAGGAACAUCACCUUUAAUGUUGACGGCAUACAUGUGGUGGAGGCCAUGAAGAUGAACCAGUACCCUCUGUACUCGUGCUACCUGGUCCUGCUGGCAGUUGUUCUGGUCUUCAUGGCACUCUACUACGUGUCCCUAAAAUUCAUCAAGCAGAAGUCCAGUCAGGACUGGUGAACACAUCUGCACCAGUUUCAACCAUCAGACCAAACGCUAUCUGAAAUCAGACGACAUCAGAGUCAGGUUUUUACUUAAGCAUGUGUUUUUUUCAGCAGUGGAAGGAUGUAGUUUGGGUUCUAGUCGACUGGUUCGACACUGAGCCAUGCUUUCCAUUGUCACUUUAAUACAAGGACAGUUGGCAGUGGGAAAAGUGCUUUGAGGUCAUGUGUGUAGGAUUUGGUGGCAUGUAGCAGUGAUGUUGCAGAUUGCAGCCAACCAAAAUUCCUCCCAAGUGCCAAGUGUGUAGGAGAAUUAUGGCGGGCAACAUGAAAACAUGGAAAUGCAAGAGCCAGUAGUUUGUCCAUUCUUAGUCUCGCCACCAGACAAUCAGAGAUCUCCGCCUUCUGAUAGUCUGGGGACACUCCUUUCUAAAGUGUGUUGAACACACCGGCUAAAACGGCCGGCA